AUAGCAUGUAGAGACGCACUCUCGUGACUACAAGUGCGAAACUAGCGAUUCUAUUUUCCGUGCAUCGACCAACAUCGACAGAUAUAUCGGUGGAUAUCGUUGGUGCUGUCAACGAUCUCAGCUGACGAGAAGGAAAGGAUAACAUCGAAGAUGUCGUUCGGCGAAAAAAUAGCAUCGAUUAUGCAGAGGCCUGGACAAGACCCUGUUGCCAAGGAUGAUGCCCCUUGGUGGAUGAAGUAUGCUGGUCGUGGACUCGGUACUGUAGGCAGUAUAAUUGCAAUCUUUCUUGGAGCUUGGAAUUGCGCAUCAAUAUUCUUCGCUCAGGUGGACUGCUUAAUUGGUGGUAUGUGGCAAAUGAUAGCCGGUUUUCUAGUUAUAAUGAUUGAAGCACCUUGCUGCUGCUUGUUCAUCGAUUUUGUACAGAAUUUAAGUGACUGGGUAGAGAAGAAACCAUAUUGGAAUAGAGCAGCUGUUUAUUGUAUAAUAGCGUUGCCUGCAGUCCUCCUAUGUCCAGGACUGGGCAGUCUAAUUGGCAGUGGUUUGAUAUUUACAACGGGUAUAAUAUAUGGAUUGAUGUCUCUAGGCAGAAAAGGGUCCAGGCCCGACCCAGCAGGAAUGACGUCGGGCGUGGGUUCCCCACAGGGUACAGUGCCUCCUACUACAGAUCACCAUACUACUCUCAUGGAGGAUCCUGAUGUCUGGAGGCCUACAUAAAUCAUCAAAUAUUCAUUGCACCACUUCACUAACCAGGCAAUAAUAUGGCGUCUUUUGGUGAAAUGAGAAUAGCAGCAAUGGAUACUCAAGCCCCAUCAUCAAGCAUGCGGUCCACACUAGUUGAAAAUUCUCAGUCGAUCGGUUUGAGCAAUACCCCAAGUAGUAUCGUUUGAUCAUUAGGAAUUAAUUGGGUGAGCAAUCUAAUAUUUUAUGUGAAUAAUUGUGAGUGAUAAUUAAUCAUCUAAGUAUCAGUAGCUAAGCCCACAAACAUGCUUUCAUUUCAUUUUAGCUAUGACGUUGAUACAUAUUGUAAUUCCAGUAUUCCAUAGAUUUCAUAUAACAUUCAUCUUUAAGAUAAUAUUGAAUAUAAAUUGUAUCAUGGAUGUACAGAUUCAAACAUAUUACAUAUUACAAUCUGAAAAGAUUCUGAGAGAAAUUUGUUGAGUCUUAAUAUCUAAGAGGGCUUUUUCUCAUUUAAUUUUGCUUUAAGAGUUAGUCGAUUGACGAAAACACGUAUGUAUGCGUUUAUUAUGUCUUAUGUUUGUAAACGUGAGUAAAAUGGAAUGGGAUACAUUACGAGAAGAUAGUAUGGAAGAAUUUGUUGCUUCAUUUAGAAUAAUGCCAAAGUCAAAGACUGUCAUAGAGAAUGAUGUUGUUCAUGGGCCUAGUUAUCCAUAGGCCCAUUUGUCCACUGUAAUGUCAUAAGACGUUAACAAGCAAAACAAUAGAAAAAUGUAAAUGAUCAUGUAAUUUGUUUUUAAUGUAUAAAGUGCUUCGCUUUGGAGAGAGAUGAUUAUUUUGUUACAGAUUAGUUAAGUAAGCAUAUACUUACAGCAAAAACAGAAAAUUGAAUAAUAUUUUCGCUAUUAUUUCGCAUUCAAAUUGUAAAACAGAUUAUUUCUAGAAUGUUAUAAGAAGAGGAGAGCAGUCAUAAUAUUAUAUCAGUUUUAUGAUCCCCUUUUAUGUAUCAUAUUAUGUCUAUAUAGAUAAGCUUCUCUCUGCCAAAUAAACUAUAUAUGCAUAAAAUUUAAA